AUGUCCACCUCCACAGUCCACCGACAACCCUUCCCAACCGAACCAGGCCAACUGCCCUCGCCGCGCACCCGCAGUUCCACAACAGAAAGGCUCGAGCUCGGCCUCGAUCUCGACACACCCACGUGGACGCCCUGGGCCGAACGCCUCCGAGAGCUGUCGCAGCUAGCGGCCACAUCGCUGGGUACCGUCUACAUCGAGCCCGAUACCGAGAAGACCAUCCACGCACACUUGGACGCAGUCGAGUCGAUCUUGCGCGAUCCGCGUCCAGAGCUAACGCGCGAGAUUGGGAAUUAUCGGCGACGGAGUUUGGGGUGUAAAUGUAAACCCAGUGUGGAGGUUAAAGAGAACGCGAUCACGACGGAGGAUCUAGAAGCGGAGGUUGAAUACCAGCAGGAGAAUGGCGUUGAUCAAGCUAUUGUCUUGGCGCAGUUGACGGGUCUUUUGCGGGAGGUCACUUUGUUAAAUGGGGAAGUUGAACGACGGCGUGAAGAAGCGAGGGAGAUUCGGGAUUUAUUCGAAGAGAGAUGUCGCCGGUUAACGCGGACGGUUGCCGAGCUGGAAGAUGAAGUGGUGGAAUUACAAUCCGAUCUUGUUGAGGACGCGGUUGAUUUGGAAGGUAUACAGGGUACUGUCCAUGGACUGCAUGAUUGGAUUGACCGGAUACGCGAAGAGCAAAAAGUCGUUCGGCUGUCGAGGGAUCUUGCCUAUCAAAAGGCGCGGCGGUCGUGGAUUAGUCGGCGGGGGAAGGAGGGUUACACUAUUGAGACGGAUGGGGAAAUGAUGCUGGAGGGGUUGAGUGCUUGGAUGCGUGGGUGGAGGGAUGUGGAGGAGGGCUUUCAGGUCCGAGCGCGGGCACGACAGAUGCGACGAGAUCGGAGACAGGGACAGCUCUUGCGGUUGGGGGAGAAGGUCAAGCUUGUACGUGGAGUUUCAUAA